UGCGGCCAGCCGCCAGGCGGGGGCGGGGGCGCGCAGGCGGAGCCGCAGCCCCCCGGCGGGGCCCGGAGCGCAGGGCCGCGGGCUGGAGCCUGCAGCCUGCCCCGCUGCCGGCGCGCGCAGGAGCCCGGGCCGCGCUGGAGGUGGAGGGAGGAAGCGCCCGCGGGCGGUGACAUCACCGCCCAGCCCUUGAAAGAUGAGCCGCUCCCGCGGCCGCCCCAGCCCCGCCCCGCCACCGGGCAGCCCCGCCGGACCCGGGAAGCGCCGAGGUGCUGCGCGGCUCGCUGCGGACCAGCCUGGGAGGCGCCUCGCUCGCGUCGCACUCCGGGUCCAAAUGUUCCCUACCUGGAAGAGACUGAAGUUCCUGUCGGUUCCUGAAGACCUUGUACCCACCAUGACCUCUUUCAGCGCCGAAACGCUCAACACGACCUCGCAAGUGCUCACGCCAGCUCUUAACGCCUCCCUCUCCUGGAGCAGCGGCUGCCCCUCCACGGAGCCAGUGGGCUGGCUCAACGCCUUCCAGGCCCCGUUCCUCUGGAUCCUCUUCAUGCUGGCCACUCUCGAGAACGUCUUCGUCCUCAGCGUCUUCUGCCUGCACAAGAGCAGCUGCACGGUGGCGGAGGUCUACCUGGGGAACCUGGCAGUGGCGGACCUGAUCCUGGCCUGUGGGCUGCCCUUCUGGGCCGUCACCAUAGCCAACAACUUCGACUGGCUCUUUGGGGAGGUCCUCUGCCGCGUGGUGAACACCAUGACCUACAUGAAUCUGUACAGCAGCGUCUGCUUCCUGAUGCUGGUGAGCAUCGACCGCUACCUGGCGCUGGUGAAGACCAUGACAAUGGGGCGGAUGCGGGGCGUGCGCUGGGCCAAGCUCUACAGCCUGGUUGUCUGGGGGUGCACGCUGCUCCUGAGCUCGCCCAUGUUGGCCUUCCGGACCAUGAAGGAGUACAGAGAAGAGGGCCACAACGUCACGGCCUGCGUCAUCCUCUACCCGUCCCCCAACUGGGCGUUGUUCACCAACGUCCUCCUGAACCUCAUGGGCUUCCUGCUGCCCAUGAGCGUCAUCACCUUUUGCACGGUGCAGAUCAUGCAGGUGCUGCGCAACAACGAGAUGCAGAAGUUCAAGGAGAUCCAGACGGAGCGGAAGGCCACGGUGCUGGUCCUGGCCGUGCUGCUGCUCUUUAUCAUCUGCUGGCUGCCCUUCCAGGUCAGCACCUUCCUGGACACCCUGCAGGGCCUGGGCGUCCUCUCUUCCUGCUGGGACGAGGACGUCAUCGACGUCUUCACGCAGGUCGCCUCCUUCGUGGCCUACAGCAACAGCUGCCUCAAUCCGCUGGUGUACGUGAUCGUGGGCAAGCGCUUCCGGAAGAAGACGCGGGAGGUGUACGGCAGACUGUGCCCGCGAGGGGGCUGCGCCUCGGACCCCGUGCAGGCGGAGAACUCCAUGGGCACGCUGCGGACCUCCAUCUCGGUGGAACGCCAGAUUCACAAAUUGUCAUAGUGGGUGGGGAGCAGCCCAGUGAGCGGGUGCCAGCGGGCUGCAGUGGAUUUUCAUAACGGUGGAUGGACAGUUGCUCUUUGGGAUGGACUCGGGAAGGAGUGGAAGGCAUUCCCAACAAGCGGGCCAGUCGGUGUCUCCGGUAAAGCCCAGGGGGGCAAUUCCUGCUCUGCCCAAGGGUCCAAGGGUACAGCCGUGAGCUCCGUGAACACUAGAGAAUCUCUGUUCUCAGGAGCUGUGGCCUCGAGGCCUGGCUGCAUUGUUGCCUUGGGUUAGUUUAACUCCACCAGUGAGGACCUUGGGGUUGGUCUCUCCAGAGACCAGGAUUCUGUGGCCCUUCUCCUGGGUGGGUGCACAAGGUGGGAAAGAAGAACCCAGUGAGCACCUAUUGAGCACUUGGUUUAUCCUCAGAUUGAGCUCCCUGCAGGAGAGGGAAGAAGGAGAAGGCACAGCCUCCGUCUGCAGGAACUCGCAAACUUGCCCCGGACGAGUGGGCACUUGCAGCCACCAGAAGGCUGUCCCAUGGCUGAGCCAGGCUGGGCCGGCGGGCAGUGCCGAGAGCAGAGGGGUCCCGGCUCAGCCGACAAGUAGUUGCACAACUUGAAGCCCGUUGAACCGAUUGCCUUAUCCCUGCCUCAGUUUCCACCUCUGUAAAAUGAGGUUGUUGUGAAGAUUAAAUAAGGUGACAAGUAUCCAAGUACUUUGAAAAGCAAAAGGUGCUGUGUGUACGUGGGAGGCAUCGUUGUUAUGCAUACAGAAUGCGGGUGAAUUUAUUAUCAGGAAGAAAGCCUGGAGGGUUUAGAAAGCGCUCCUUAGAGGAGAGUCAACAUUUGUACCUGAUGUUUGUGUGAAGCACCCAUCCUGCCUGACAUGUAAUGACAUAUCUGUGUUUCCAGAUAAAAAGGGUCAAAAAAGCUUCCCCGUCCCCUCCCCUUUCUUCACCACCCAUACUCCUCUGCCUCUCCGUGUAGCUGGAGAAGGCACAUGGGUGAAGUAAGAAGUAGGAAUUAUUUUGCUUUUGAAUGAAGCUGAGCUGCCCGCAGGCUUGUCUGGGAGCACUCGCGACUCGCGGGUGCCUGAGGGCUGAGCCCCGGAGCCUCGUGGAGCCGGACAGCACGCAUGGGGACACAACGAUCAGCAUCCUGAGUCCUGUGCAAGAACCUGUUACGUUGUAAAGAAGAAGCGAUUUGUGUAGGAAUGAGAAAGUGGAUGAAGCGUUUGACUGUGUUUUCCUGUACAGCAUAAUAAAUAAAUGAGGUGUUUUUGCAUA